AUGCCACGAAUAACUUCCCUUCUUUUACUCCCCAUUUUAUUCUUUUCUUUCCUUUUCUCCGGGCAAAAUGCACUAACAAUUGAUGAUGACAGAAAUAAAAGGGCUACCCUGCUAGCCCUGCUGAAAAACGCCUUUAUCGAUAAUAAGGGGAAUAAAAAAGCAGACGACAUAAAAGGUGCAUUGGAAAACAUAAACAAUAUGACUUUACACCCCACAGAUACGGAAAAGUUUGACAAAUUUUUGGAUCACUUUUUUAAAUUUUAUCAUAUUUACGUAACUUUCAGUGAUAAGGACAAAAGGGUGUUACACCUCUCUGGGGUUUUAAAUGAUGUGUACGUCGACGUAGAUUCCCUAAGCAAAGAAAACCUCCAGAAACAUUUUGACAGUGUAUACGAGAAGGGACUCAAUUUGAUUAAUUUAAUCGUACAUAGUAAUUUGGUGCAUCCCAAAUAUGAUGAAACGGUGGCGCAGGGGGUGGAUGCUGAAGAGGAGGACAAGCACCCUGAUAACUACUCCCACUAUGAUCAGAGCCAAGAGUACGAGGUGACGCCUGAAUAUGGUGAUCACUACCACUACGGUGACAAUAAAGAAGAUUCAGACGAUAUGGAUUAUGAAAAUGGUGAAGAAUACGAUGCGCAGAAGGAUCAGGACGAUGAUGACCAUCAUGACCACCAGGAUGAGGACUACGAAUACGACGAACAGGAUCAUGAGGACCAUGUUGACCACGACUACCAUGACAACCAUGACGAUGAGGAAGACAAACAGAAAAUGAAAUACGUAGGGAAGAAGCUCAAAAACUUGCUAGCCAUGAAAAACAUCAAACUAAAUAACAACUCCACUGGUGAAUUUAAAGUGAACUUCUACACGAACUACAUGAAUUACAUCAACACCCCAUACGUUGAACCCCCAUUUCCCUUUCAUAAGGAUAUGUACGAAUAUGCGGAGGUCUAUUCUGGUGAUAAGAGCUACCCAAAGGAGCACAAGGAUGACAACAUUUACUAUGGCGGUGAGAACGAACUGAUGCCAGCACAUGUAAAGGGGGAAAUGCAAAAACAGGCACUGCAGGAAGGGUCAUACGAUGUGUACAAAAGCACAAUGAAAGGGAUGCACGAAAAGAUUAAAAAGAAGGCAGGCAAGAAGGGAAGUAAAAAUGGAUGGUGUGGGAAAAAAAUGCCGGGAAAAUGUCAAAUAAAGGAAGGCAGCAAUGGGGAUGACGAAUAUGACGAUGAUGACGACGAAGACGAACAGCUGCAGAAUGAGCUACUUCACCAAGCGCAUGGAUCAAAAAAGAAGUAUAAAUGUGCCCAUAAGCAUAAGCAAAUUCAUGGGGAAAACGUGGACGAUGAGGAAACAACUGACAAGGCACCAGCGGAAAAGGAAAAAAAAGGCAUUGACUUUGAUUAUACGUAUCACAACCCGUAUUACAUGUUCAAGCUGGGCAGCAACAUGCCAACCGGGAAGAAGGCGCAACCGAAAGAAGAAGCGGAUGACGAAACUGGUACGGAGAAGAAAAAUGCAAAGCAAAGCGCCGGGAACCCCUUCCUAAACGCGCUUCUAGAACUGGUAGACUACCUAGAACCGAGCGAAAGCAAAAACAGCGAACUGAAGGAGGACAAAAAUACUCUUGGGCAAAGCAACAAAAACAGACCCAUAUUCAAAAAAAAAGAAAUGAAGAGCAGAAAAAUGAAAACAAAGAAAGACAUCGUAGAUGAAAAAACAACAGAAAAGGUUAAAGACACGAUGUACGUUAAAGUAGGACAAAAUGGAACAAAUGGAUUCUUAAAUUUCUUCGAUUUUAGAGAAAAUUUAGUAAAAAAAAAUUACAAAGAUCUCUUAAAAGUGAUGGAAUUCUUAAAUGUGUUUAAUAUAACUGAAACGAUUAUUUUUAUUGAGAAGUUUACACAAACUGUGUGUGCAUCGUACUGCAUGGGGAUCACAGAUGUGUUAGAACUAGUAAAUAAUGAUAUGCUAUUGUAUGAGAAGAUGUCUUUCCAUUUCCAUAAUAAUGGCAUGAUUGUCACGACAAAUUCAAAUUACGAAUUUAAUGGAAAAAAUUUUGAAAGCUUGCUAGUUUUGCUAAAUAUAAAUAAAAAAACCAUACCUCUCAUUUGCCCCUGUAAAUCCUACACCAACAAUAUUAUCAGCUACUGUAAACAGUACAAAUAUAAUUUGAAGGGAUACUUCACCCAGUCGAAUAACUCGGCAUACUUGAAAAAUUUCUCUGCCUAUUAUCUGCUGGAGAAUUUAAUUCUUCUGCAGGAGAAAUUGAAUUAUAUUAAGGAGAAUGGAAAAAUAUCCAUAGAUAAGCCUGUGAAAUAUUUGGAUAUUAAGGACCUUUACACGACGGCCUACUACCACAACAGCAGGACGUGCAACGCAUCGACUACUGCGCCUGUAAGUAGCGUCAGCGGUAAAAGUGGACCUAACCUCGCUAGCGGAUUUGGAGAAAACGCGGUUGACGGCAUUGGUCUAAGCAAGAACGCAGGUGUGCCCGAUGAUGAUAAGCUUACGUACCCAGACGUAGACACACUAAACAUCUACUACAACGCCUCCCAAGUGGACCUGAAAAACAUCCAGGAUGUUAAGAACGUGCUGAUUGACGAAGUGAAGUCGAAAAUAUUUUACAUAAACUCGUACCGAGUAGGAAACCAGUUUUUCCCCACGUACAGCAACCAAGGAAAGGACGACCACGAUUUGGAAAUUCUGCAGUCGGAUAAUUCUUCCAAAAUAAAUGUGGAAGACAAGACGAAUAAGCGAAACCCCAAGUUGGGCCACUUCUUGGUGCCCAUUCUGGAGUCUGCGGAGAAGCACUCCAAAGGGGAAAACAAAAAUGGAUGCAACGAUGGAUGUAACGAUGGAUGUAACGAUGGAUGCAGUGAUGAUUGCGGCGGUGAAUGCAGUGAUGGCUGCAACGGGGAUGCAGGAACCCCCGUGGAGCAUGAAAUCAUGGGAAACAGCGACUGGGUUCCGUUGAAAAGCCCUCCCAACCACGAAGACUUUUACAACGCGAAAAAGCUCCAGAUGAACCUCUUUGACCAUGGGGAAAAUAAAUUGAACGAAAAGGAAAUGGACGAAAAGGACGGCAUGAGUUUGAAGUUCUCCUUUUUGGAGAAGGAAGUGCGUGUUAAGAAGGCGCCCACAACUGUUGCAAAGAAUUCCGACGAGGAUGACAAGCACAAGGGUGAUGGAGGUGUUACAACCGAUGGGGCAGACCAAGGGGAAAGUGAGAACAACGUAAAAGAGAGCGACGAGAAUGCUGUGGAUACCCUCAAAUUGCAGAGCAAAGUGGAAAAAAACUACUCAGGUAAUAAGAAAAAAACGAUAAGCGCCAAGUAUUUAAUUUAUUUUUUUAAAAAUGUACAUGUGUGGAAAACAGGGGAGUAUUGUCAAAACAUGAACUACAUAGAUAACUUCUUGAAGAAAAUUAAUUACAACGAAGAAAUGACAUUCCAGGAACAUCUGGAUCAAGACACCGUGGUGUUGCAGUUCUCCUCCAACAUGAAGAACAAAUACAAAGUGGACCUGGAUUUCUUCAUAUUUUUGUUGCAAAAAAUUUCACUAAUUAUAUACGUGGAAGAUCUCUGUGGAAUCUUCCAGAUAGAGGAAAUGAAGCAAAAUAAAAAUAUUGAGAAGCACAUAGAAAACCAAGCAAACAUCCUCAACUUUAUAGAAAAACACAUUAUGUAUUCACAUGAACAAUAUUCGAAGAAGAAUAAAUAUGCAAAGGAGUUAUCCAUAAUUUCUACUUCGAACUUUUUUUCUUCCAAAAAGGACAUUAUGCUGAAUAGCCAACCAUACAACAACAUCGUAUUUAACGAAAAGGAAAUUUAUGAGUCGCUAUUCAUUUACAUGGAAGAUGUGUUAACAGAACGAAUGCUGAAUGCAACGUGGUUGACACCCUACGGAUUCAUCUUGUACAAACAACCUUCAAAAGAUCUAAAUAAUUACAAAUUAAAAAUAUCACAAAAUGAAUUCAUCACAAAAUAUUCCAGAAGCGCUAUAGAUAAAUACAUGUAUUAUGAGUACAGAAAAAUUGGCAACAAUAUUGUGCAGCACCAUGGGGAAUUGAGUCCCAAGUUGAGUGAACAUUUAGCUGAACUGAAGGAAUACAAAUUAAUCAUUUACAAUGAUAAUCCUUCCAUGACGAAUAUUAUAAUUACGACCACUAUUAACGUUUUGAAUAUUUCCUUUUUGCAUAGCUUGUUAGAGGUCAUUUUGGACAUUAGGGCUACUCAGCAAUUCUUUUCCUACAAGGGAAGAUUUCUACCCAUAAACGCCUUCAUCAUUUUGGACGAGGGGGUCAACUACCUCUUCUUUAACUACGCUCCGAAUGAAAACCACAUCAACCAGGAAGCGUGA